AAAAUAAAGUGCAUCAAAAACAGUCUCGGCCAGCAAUGUUAUUUUGCUCACGAAGAAUCUGCUUUCAUCGCUAAUUGCUGUUGUGGAAACAAGAGAGAGUUCCAGAUGCAUAUUGUUGAUAAUACUGGCAAAGAAGUCAUUCGCGCUUAUCAUCAAUUUGAAUGCGACAUUGGUUGUUGUUGGUGCAUUGAAGGUGAAACUUGCGCAUUCAUAGUUCCUGUAGAAUCCCCAUCAGGAGUUCCGAUCGGAAGAAUCAUUCAACUGUGGUCUUCGUGGAAACCAAAGUUUGGAAUCCAGAACCAACUUCAUCAAACUGUGUUGGUCAUUUGGAGUCCCUGUUGCAUCUGUUCCGGACCUUGUUGCCCACAAGAUGUUCCCUUCGAAGUGAUGACAGCUGAUGAGUCUCAGUCUAUUGGCAUAGCCAGGCAAUAUGCUGGCAUUGGAAAGGAAUUCACCGUUGCAACAAAUUUUGCCAUCAGCUUACCAAUGGACCUUGAUAUUGAAACAAAAGCACUUCUGCUCUCUGCCACAUUUCUGAUUAAAAUAUUGUUUUUUUGACUAUAACUCAUUCAAGGUAUCUUAGGACACGGAGUGGACAGAUGGAUCGUUUUGUUUGUUAUGUUGUUGCUCGCUUUUCUCUUCAAGUACUAGAAACUAGACCAAUUGAUUUGAAAUUUUCAGUGGGUAAAGAUUGUAGUUUUCGCUCUUAGAUUAUUACUUUUAUUCAUUUUAAAAUUUUCUGUGUACUCGAGAUUCGUUUUUGUGAGCGAUGACGUCAUCAAACUUAAAAAUAGCGCCCCUCGUUGCUAUUCAGCCUUUGCGCAGCGAUCGAGCGAAGUCGUGAACACUGUGAGUACGGUAGGCUAUUGCGAAAGACUGUAUAACCGCUACUACUCCGUGUCCAUAUAUUUGAACAAUGCUCUCUUGUUCAAGAAUAUGCUGUAAAAUACGCAACAUUUUUUAAAAAACAUCUUAAUAUUUCUUUGAUGUGACAUCGACUCCUUUGUUUUUUUUUAUUUCGCUUCCUAGUAUAAGUUUUGUUGCCACGGUAUAUCUAUUUCAAUGGCAAUGCUCAGAUGGCUGUUUUAUUUCA